CGCGUUUUUCCCACGCUUCAUCACAAGCUGCAUCACAAGGGACUGCCAACAUUGCUCAAUAGCUUCAAAUACAGUGAGCGAGUAGUUGGGCGGUCCACGUUGCAUCAUCGUCUUCCAAGCAACGGGACUCCGCACUGAAUAUCCAGUCCAAAGCGCGGAACUUCAAACAUGGAACCUCAGGAUGGUGGGCAUCGUGAUACCCACAAGGUGCAACCGCUUUCGAAAGCCAAUGUUGCGCGUAUACAAGUGGACAAACAAGAGCAUCUAUCCUUCAUCUUGGACUAUGUAAGGCAGCAGAGUGACCUGGUGAAACCGCGUCCGCCGGACCGACCGGCAACAAUACCGUCCCUGGAGCUCGAGGCUGCAUGUCCGACUGCUGGGAAAUCGAAGAAAGUGCAUGCGAUGAAAGGAAAAGAUGGGUCGAUUCUAAGUAGCGUGAGAAUUUCACCCUUACGCCCCAGCAAUCUUCGGGCGAAGAAGCAACUGCAAGUGGAGCAAAUGGAGAGGCUGGAGCAGGAAACGAUGGAGUCGGCGCAUUUAGAACACGUUGAAGAGCCGAUUCCAAUACAUGAAUUGCCCCCAGAGGAUGUAGAGAUUGCACAACCGCAACCCGUACCUGCUUCGCCGCGUCGCGAGCCCUUGGCGCUGGUUCCAGCUGAAGAGCGGAACAAGGCAAAGCGUCUAUCAAAGGGAUUAGAACGUGGAAAACCAAGCUCGACGGUGAUUGAUGAUCCUCUCGAGUCAUCAGUAAAUCAGAAACCGAGCAAGAACAAAAUCACGGGAAAGAUUCCGCAGAAGUUGGAGCGGAAGUUCGGUUCGGAGACGACAAGUAACAUCUCCAGUGAAAACGAUGCGUUCAAAGUUUUGAAGAAGUCGACUAAGAAGACCAUCAAAGAAACGAAGGCGGCCAGAGGCGAGAAGGUUGGAAAGGCGGAUAGAAAGAAAGGAAAUGCUCUGGCGACCAAAGUGAUGGAGACUUUUCACUCGGAUCAAGUGACCAGAGGCAGGCUUACGAGAAAAGCGAACGACUCGCAGAGACGGCUGGGCAUGUUCAACAAAGGAGUUCGAUCUGAGAAAGUACACCUGGGGAGAGUUGGGAACCUCGCUUUCGACGAAGCGGAAUUUUUGGCGGAUCACCCUACUCGUCUGGCACAUGCCCCGCGCAAACCUGCGGUAGAAACUGGAGUUAUGAUCUCUGACUACUUUCAACAGCAACCUGCUGCUCUCGCGAAGCGACCGAAAGAGACGAGCAAUGCACAGAAGAGAACAAUGACGGAGGUGGACGCGGGGACCUCUUUCGUCAGUCACGCCGAAGACCCAGACCCGCCCUCGCCGGUGGAGAUCGACUGUGGGUUGGAAUCAGGAGUUGGGGUCGCAAACACGACACCGUCACCACCGAAGCGGAGGCCAGCACAAGCUUAUAAGGUUGAAGUCGUCAUCGAGAGCGACCCACGGAAGAAGGUAUUCUCGGCGAACUGCUCUCUUGGCAAAGUCCUCUGAGCUGACAUCGAUCGGAUCCAGAAACUGGCAGAGAAAUACUUCUCGCCAGGGCAUAGAAGCGACCACUUGCGGAGUGACUCACAAAAAAUAGAUUCUGUCGCUGUUCCCAGGUCC